AUGCAGUUCAAGGAUUCUCUUCUUUUGUUGACGGCCCUGUCCGCGGGCUCGGCCGUCGCUCGCCUCCACGGCCAUGAGCGUCGCCAUGCUCACGCACAACUGGCAGACGUUGUUAAGGAUGUCGAAGCGGUCCCGGCGCCGGACGUCACUCCUGCCGCUCAGAUGGUUGAGGAGUUGAAGGCUCGUGCUGUUGGUGAUGUGGUCUAUGCCACCAUUGACGGUGUUCUCGAGUCUUGGAUCAACGAGUGGGCUGGCGAGAUUGCCUCUUCCACUUCCACUUCCACCUCGUUCUCGACUUCCUCCACCUCUAUCUAUGUUCCCCCGACCACCACGGUCCAGCCUACCACCACCUCGUCCAGCCCUGCUGUUGAGUCCAGCGUCAGUGCUACCCCCGUUGCCUCCAGCGGUGGUGACUGGACCUCUUACCCUUCGGACGGCGACUUCUCCACCGACGGAUUCGGUGCCCCCAACUACAUCGCUGAGGCCCUCGGCAUCGAGUGGUCCGGCAACACCGGUAUUCCCUGGGGUAGCAACAUCCAGCGUGUCUCCGAGUCCGACGCCAGCAGGUACCGUAACGUCCUUCGCUUCGAGGGAAGCAACACCGAUGACUGGACCGUCAUCUUCUGGAACAAGAUGGGUCCCACCAACGAGAUGACCGGUUUCUUCAGCCCCAACAAGGCCCUGUCCUUCACCCUGGCUCCCAACGAGAUCGCCUACGUCGUCAUCGACGAUGAGUCCACUGGUGGAUGGGCUGCCUACCAGGGUGACGAGUGCCCCCUGUCAGACUACGGCUCCUACGCCGCCACCUGGGGUGAGUUCACCAUGCGCAAGGCUCCCAACUUCAGCAGCUGGGAUGUUUCCUGCAUUCAGGCCCAGAACGCCGGCAAGACCAUUCAGGGUAUGCAGAUCUGCACCCACGACAAGAGCCAGUGUUCUUCCAUUACCAAGGGCAUGGGCUCUGUCAGCAACGCCUACACCUCUGCUGAGACUACUAUCAACGGCAUUGGUGGUAACAUCAACGCUGAGGCUGUCCGUCUGGUCGUCAAUCUUGACUACGCCUAA